UCAUCAAACCAAUAAUUUUUACGAUGAAUAAAAUUACGUACGUAUAUAAUCUGUGCAACGUACGUGUUAGUUACGUGUCGGAUGAUUAGUAAAGAUAAUUAAACCUAAUUAGGACACUUGAGGAGGGUAGAUUAUCUUAGUUUCAUGAUAGCGGAUGUCAAAAAAGUCGAUUUAUGUUGUACUAUUCUUUACCGUGGCAGUAAAAAGUAUCGUGGCGUGGAUAAGAAGAAAGCACGUACUCCGCACAAUUUUUUCCAAACAACAAUGGAACGUGGGACGAAGUAGUAUAAAGUCAGAACAGAGGGGGCAAUAUGCAAACACUAUUACAGGCCUCGGAACGCUUCUCGUAAGCAAACAGGCGUUUAACGUUGAACCUUUCUCUUCACUUCUGCCUCGCUAAAUCGCUAUAUAAUCCAGUCUUUCGUAUUUGGACAAAGCUUUUGCCUUUGAGAAAUUCCCAGACUUGGAUUUUGGGUUUGAUCUUUCUUUCUGCCCACAGUUUUGAUUUGCUUCCGAUCGAGAGCUAGAAGUGAUAGACUGAUGAUGGGGGAUACAAGGAAUCACAACCACCGCGCACCACCAACCGAGGCGGCGGCGGGUCAGCCGCCGGUGAUGAUGCUUCUCGGUGCAGCAAGGGGACCGAUUUACUGUCCUGACGCCACGUGUCAUUCUGCUCUUGCUUCCUCCUUUGCAACUUUUCUUUUCCACCCUCCAUCUCUACCAGUCCUAUAUAUCACUCUACCAUUCACUAUCUUUGUUCCAAUUUUUACCGACUUGCUUUUCUCAUCAUAUAAAAUCAAAAUCAAUCGAAACUAUUUAAUUCUCGUCAAACAACAAUACAAAGUAUACUAAGUUCAAGG